UCCGCAGUUUGGAGUUUGUGAUGUGUCUCAGACUCCGCGAGCGCCGCGCAAGAGCGAGACCUGCGGAGCGAACGCGCCGGAUCCUGAAGCGACCGUUACCCUCCAACAGGCAAUCUGUCUUUCUCCUUCCUGAUUUCACCCAUUUUCCCUCAAAGUGUUCCACGCACAAGCGCUUUCUUUCAACACCGCCACACUUUUUGGUUUAUCACAGGUGUAUUUGCGAUCCUUUGACGUACUUUUCUCACUCAUUUGGAAAUUAACGAACAUCUGAGGAUCGUGUGGAUGCGCGGCUUUGGAGAGAAGCUGAGAUGGGAUUGCUGAUAAUAUGCCUUUCCUUUUGGAUAUUGCAGUCCAGUUCGGUGGGCGCCGACUCCAUCAUUCACAUCGGUGCCAUUUUUGAGGAGAACGCAGCACGGGAUGAUGAGGUGUUUCAGUUGGCCAUCUCUGACCUGAGCCUCAACGAUGACAUUUUGCAGAGCGAGAAAAUCACCCACUCUAUAAAAUAUAUCGAACCCAAUAACCCGUUUCAGGCAGUCCAGGAAGCAUGUGAACUGAUGACACAGGGGAUCCUGGCCUUGGUCACAUCUACAGGCUGUGCCUCAGCCAGUGCUCUGCAGUCCCUGACAGAUGCCAUGCACAUACCACACCUUUACAUCCAGCGUAACGCUGAAGGAUCACCUCGCACCGCAUGCCAACUCAAUCCAAGCCCUGAUGGAGAGCGAUACACCCUUGCAGCACGACCGCCUGUCCGUCUAAGUGAUGUCAUGUUGACGUUAGUUGGUGAACUGCGUUGGCAGAAGUUCAUUGUCUUCUAUGACAGUGACUAUGAUAUCCGAGGACUGCAAGUCUUUCUGGACCAGACAUCAAGACAGGGUUUGGAUGUGUCUCUGCAACGAGUGGAUAGGAACAUCAGUGGCGUGUUUUCCAGUUUGUUCACCUCCAUGCGCACAGAGGAGCUCAACCGCUACAGGGACACUCUCAGAAGAGCUAUCCUACUCCUGAGCCCACGUGGAGCACAGGUCUUCAUCCAUCAGGCCGUGGAGACUAACCUGGCCUCUAAAGACAGUCACUGGGUGUUUGUAAAUGAGGAGAUCACUGACUCUGAGAUUAUGGAGCUGGCCCACAGUUCCUUGGGAAGGAUGACAGUGGUGAGGCAGAUUUUCCCUCUGUGGAAAGACAGCAGCGUGAACUGUAUGAGGAACAACCACCGCAUCUCCUCUCUGCUCUGCAACCCUCAGGAGGGCUACCUGCAUUCACUGGAGGUGUCAAAUUUGUACCUUUAUGAUAGCGUGUUGAUGCUGGCCAAUGCAUUCUACCGGAAAUUAGAGGACCGGAAGUGGCACAGUAUGGCCAGCCUCAACUGCAUCAGGAAGUCAACCAAGCCCUGGAAUGGAGGCUGGUCCAUGCUGGAGACAAUCCAAAAGGGCCAUAUAACUGGUCUCACCGGAAUUAUGGACUUCAUGGACAAUGGAUCAAAUUCCCAUGUUCAGUUUGAGAUUUUGGGAACCAGCUUCAGUGAAACGUUUGGAAAAGACAUAAAACGAUUGGCUACAUGGGAUUCUGUCCAUGGCCUGAAUGGAAGUCUAAAGGAGAGCCGUAUCGAGAACGGCAUGCAGGGGGUUACAGUUAAAGUUGUGACAUUAUUGGAGGAUCCAUUCGUGAUGGUGGCAGAAAACAUCCUCGGACAGCCCAAAAGAUAUAAAGGCUUCUCAAUUGAUGUCCUGGAUGCCUUGGCCAAGAUCCUAGGAUUCAAGUAUGAAAUCUACCAGGUGGCAGACAGCAAAUAUGGUUCUCAGCUCUCCAAUGGCUCAUGGAAUGGCAUGAUUGGGGAACUCAUAAACAAGAGAGCUGAUUUGGCAGUGUCUGCCAUAACUAUAACACCAGAGCGAGAGAACGUUGUGGACUUCAGCAAGCGCUACAUGGACUACUCUGUGGGGAUCCUAUAUCGCAAACCGGAGGAAAAGAUCAACAUUUUUUCCUUGUUUGCCCCAUUUGACUUGGCUGUGUGGGCCUGUAUCGCAGCUGCCAUUCCUGUGGUGGGCCUUCUGAUCUUCCUGCUGACACGGAUGCAGAUGCUCCGCUCCCAGAAUCCUCCAGGAGCCCAUCACACUUCAUCCAUGUCUAACUCAUUGCAUAGUGCUAUAUGGAUUGUCUAUGGAGCCUUUGUACAACAAGGUGGAGAUUCAGUGGUGGGGUCUGUGGCACUGAGGAUAGUCAUGGGCAGUUGGUGGUUGUUCACAUUGAUUGUGUGUUCAUCUUACACGGCUAACCUGGCUGCGUUCCUAACGGUGUCCCGCGUGGACAACACUAUAAGAACGUUUCAGGAUCUUGCAAGGCAGAUGGACUAUGCCUACGGCACCGUUAGGGACUCAGCAGUGUAUGAUUACUUCAGAGCCAAAGGUACAAACCCACUGGAGCAGGACAGCACAUAUGCAGAGCUGUGGAGGACAAUCAGCAAAAACAAUGGACAGGACUACUCAGUUUCUAGCCCUUCUGAAGGCAUACGCAAGGCCAAAAAAGGACCGUAUGCGUUCUUGUGGGACAUGGCCGUGGUGGAGUAUGCAGCAUUGACAGAUGAUGACUGCACCAUCACUGUAGCUGGCAACAGCAUGAGCAGCAAAGGCUAUGGAUUCGCCAUGCAGCAUGGCAGUCCUUACCGAGACCUCUUCUCCCAAAAGAUUCUGGAGUUGCAGGAGAAAGGAGACCUGGAUGUCUUGAAACAGAAGUGGUGGCCUCGGACUGGCCGCUGUGACCUCAACAGCCACAGUAAUGCCCAACCGGAUGGCCGCUCGCUCAAGCUUCAUAGCUUCGCCGGCGUCUUCUGCAUCCUAGCAGCAGGGCUCCUAUUGGCCUGUCUGGUGGCUGCCCUGGAAAUGUGGUGGAACAGCAAUCGCUGUCGGCAAGAGCAGCCCAAAGAGGAUACUAAGGAUUACAGACUGACAAGGGUUUCUGGUCCAUUGACAUAUAAUGAUAUUGCUACUGCUUCAUCGGAGGGGAGCAAGGACAUUUGGACAGACAGAGAAGAGACUGGGAUGAAGCAGAAGCUAUUGACACAGGACAAGGAGGUGAACCUGGAACAGGUGCAUCGGCGUAUAAACAGUCUUAUGGACGAGGACAUGGCACACAAGCAGAUCCCCGCACCAUCUAUCGAGAUCUCUGCCCUGGACAUCGGCAGCAUGCCGCCCAACCAGCAGCGGGAGGCUGUGCGAGACUACCCGGGCACGGGCCUGUCUGUGAACACCUUCCUCCCGGAGCAAGUUCAUGGGUUGGGCAGGAUGCUGACCCAGGGUCCUGGCAGCACUCUGCCCCUUCCUCACAGCAGCUCCACCAUGCCCUCCAUCCAAUGCAAACACAGGGCUCCCAACGGGGGCUUGUUCCGACAGAGUCCCGCCAAGAUGCCCAUGCCAAUGUCCUACCAGUCAGUACCAGGAGGACACAUCCCAGAAGCAACUGAGCAUAGUACAUCCAUCUAAGGUUAUCAUUAUCAUGGGCUGCCUCACUCUUGCUUUUCAAAGGAAAGAAGCUAAGCAGCAGUUGGAGCAUUAAAAACUGUGGUGGUGUAAAAAGAAGUUGGGGGGGGGGGUAGUACGUAGAGAUUUUUAUUAUGAAAAAAAAAUUAAAACAUGAGAAAUAAUUUUUUCUUGUACAUAUUUGUAAAUACUGAGAGAGCAAAGUAAGUAAAAGUGUAUUUUGAAUAUUCUCAAUUUUUGAAGUUGAGUUACAAAAACAUGAGCAACAAAAAAGGACAUAUAAAAA